AUGAACACAUCACAGAGUCCUCCGUCAGAGCAGAAUGAUACUCUGCUCAAGAAGAAUGAGCUUAUUAAUCAACCACGAAAUUAUAUGAUACCAAAACGAUAUAUAUUAACUAUAUUAGCUUUUUUUGGAUUUUUUAAUGCUUAUUUGAUACGAGCAAAUUUGAGUAUUGCUAUUGUAAAAAUGAUAGAACCAUAUAAAAACAGUUCAUUGAUAUCUGUACAGACUGGAUAUGAUUGGAAUACAAAAAUUCAAGGAUACGUCUUAAGUUCGUUUUUCUACGGUUAUAUUAUUACCCAAAUACCUGCUGGAUGGAUAGCAACGCGAAUUGGAGGAAAACACCUAUUUGGAUUCGGCAUUGGUUUAAGUGGAUUGUUAACGUUGUUUACAUCUUUUUUCGCCUAUAUGGGACCGAGCGCAUUGUUUUUCCUGCGCAUAUUGGAAGGUCUUUGUCAAGGAGUUGUCUAUCCAUCACUUCAUUCUAUUUGGUCAAAAUGGGCUCCACCGUCUGAAAAAACGAAAAUGACGACAUUCGCAUUUGCAGGCGGCUAUAUUGGAACUCUGGCUGCAAUGUGUUUUGGAGGACUUGUUGCAACACAUUUAUCUUGGGAAUGGAUCUUUUACAUUUCUGGUGCCAUUGCCGUGAUUUGGACUGGACUAUGGUUCUUUUUUAUAGUAGAAUCUCCGGAACAACAUCAAACAAUUUCGUCAAGUGAAUUGUCUUAUAUUGAAUCAAACUUGUUUAAACCACCGACAAAGCAUUACAUCAUCCCAUGGAAACAAAUCUUGAAAUCGUCACCAACAUGGGCCAUUGUUAUUGCCCAUUUUGCUCAGAAUUGGGGUUUUUACACAAUGCUCACCGAAUUACCAACAUUUUUGAAACAAUGCCUUAAGUUUCAGCUAGAUGAGUCUGCAUUAACUAUAUUUCGAUUAGGCGAAUUACAAUCGUGGGCAGUUGCAGACGAAGAAUAUCAAUAUGUGUUCGAUACACUAUCACGAGAUACAAGUCAAGAAUUCUCUCACGCCAAAAUCGAUGAGUUGACAAAUAAAUUAAAAAAAGAAAUAAUUGACACUGAUCCAGUACCGACACCGGAGCAAUGA